CUAGCUAGCAAGUUUGAAUCGGCAAGCAAGUGUUAGCUGACAAUCGCUGCAUUAUCGUAGUCAUUGUAACGAAGUACUUAUAACCAAAGCGCCUGAAGAAUGAGAAGAGUUACCUUAUUUAUUAACGGUACAUCUAAAAAUGGCAAGGUUGUAGCAGUGUACGGGACCUUGUCCGACUUACUAUCCGUAGCAAGCAAUAAGUUAGGGAUCAAAGCCUACAGUUUGUACAAUGGCAAGGGUGGUCUCAUAGAUGACAUUGCGCUUAUAAGAGAUGACGACGUGUUGUAUGUGUCAGAGGGAGAUCCAUUCAUCGACCCUCAAAACGAAGCCAAGCUGACCUCUGAUCAGCAUGGAGCACACACUGAUUGGCUGACCCUUAAUAUUGGCGGUCGUCCCUUCACCACCACCAGGAGCACUUUGGUCAGCAAAGAGCCAGAGAGUAUGCUUGCUCACAUGUUUCGAGAGAAAGAUGUGUGGGGGAACAAGCGGGACGAGCAUGGGGCUUACCUGAUCGACCGCAGCCCUGAAUACUUUGAGCCUAUUCUCAACUAUCUGAGACAUGGUCAGCUCAUUAUCAAUGAAGGCAUAAAUAUACGAGGUGUCCUCGAGGAGGCUCGGUUCUUUGGAAUUGAGCAGCUUGCUGAACAGCUGGAAGUAGCAAUCAAGAACUCACAGCCACCUGAGGACCACUCUCCCAUCUCCCGCAAAGAGUUCGUUCGUUUUCUUCUGGCGACACCCACCAAGUCAGAGCUUCGCUGUCAGGGUCUUAAUUUCAGUGGCGCUGAUCUGUCCCGACUGGAUUUGCGCUACAUCAAUUUCAAGAUGGCUAAUCUCAGCCGCUGCAAUCUGACACAUGCCAACCUGUGCUGUUCCAAUCUGGAGCGGGCCGAUCUCUCUGGAGCCAACCUGGAUGGUGCUAACUUACAGGGGGUGAAGAUGCUCUGUUCUAAUGCUGAGGGAGCGUCACUCAAAGGAUGCAAUUUUGAAGAUCCGUCUGGGCUGAAGGCCAAUCUGGAAGGUGCUAACCUGAAAGGAGUCGACAUGGAAGGAAGCCAGAUGACCGGUAUCAACCUGCGUGUGGCCACUCUGAAAAACGCAAAGCUGAAGAACUGUAACCUGCGGGGAGCCACUUUAGCAGGGACCGAUCUCGAGAACUGUGACCUGUCCGGCUGCGACCUGCAGGAAGCCAACCUGAGAGGGUCCAAUGUGAAAGGAGCCAUUUUUGAAGAGAUGCUGACCCCCCUGCACAUGUCGCAGAGUGUCAGAUAACUCUGCUCACACCUGCGGGUCCAGCAUGGGCCACAGCUGGCUUCUUUACUGCUCUUUUCUCCAGCCUCUCGUGCAGCAUAUUCCCCUACUUUCAAUCUCUCUGUACCUGUCUGCAGCACAGGUAGCUGUAUGCACAUCCCUGGCAUUCCACCUAUAUUAUGUUAGCUUUAAAUAUCUUGCACUAGAAUUUAUUCAGGGUUGUCUACGUAUGUGUGUAUGGUAGGAGGUUUGUAAAUGUUCAGCUGCGUAUAUCACCAAAACAGAAUAAUGUUCCUCGUGUAUGUAGAUGUGUGUGGAUGCAAUCCAAUGACUAUACUCAUUUCAUGUUUUACAUAAUUUAUAUUCACUCUGUUACUUGACAUGUUAGUGGGAGUCAAAAUCCGAUUAUCUGUGCGCAGUUAAGUUCAGAGCCCUGAGCUUCGCCGACUGCUGCUGUAGCAGAAAUAGAAAAGUCACCUACCAACGACUGUGUCAUGAUAUAUUCCUCUUUAAACGUGUAACUUCAUUUUGCUGGAUUCAACAUAAAGGAAGCGAUGCAAGCCAAAGCCAUAGCAAUAGCACAGCCUAAAAGGCUACAAGUGCUGUUAGUGCACCAUGAAACUAUGCGACAGGCUAGUUUUAAACACAGCUUGGGGAUGCAAUACAUGAUUUACAGCUGUGAUGUUCUCCUUUCCUACUUUGUGUCAUUGUUUCUUCCCUUGUUUUGCGCUCUGUGAAUCUACCUCUUUUUAAGCUGGAACCACAGCUGCAUGCGUUUGACUGUGGCACUGCUUGUUGUCAUGUUCAUGUACGUCGGUCAUUAUUCUUCCCCUGACGAGAAAAGAACUUGUGUGCUUUAACACAAAGACAUUUUCACGUGUUCAUGUCGUCAAAGUGGGUUCGCCUGGAAACAUAUUCCCAUGUAUCGAAGUAUAUCACUUAGUCAUGCUUUGAACUUAUUUGCACACGUAUAUGUCGACUUGUACCACGUUAUAACGUUUCACCAAAAAUGUUUGGUGCUUGUAAUCUUAUGUAAAUCGAAUCCAGUGUUUCCAAAACUUCCUGAAGAAUCGUCGGUAGCGUGGACAGGUGUUGUCGGCCGUUUUGUGGAGGAUCUCGCUUCAGUCCUCUGCCGGACGGCGUCCGUUAGCGUGCGCGAGGCCGUACUCAUCUCUGACUGGUGAAGUUUCUCUGUAGCUCGAAGCUGCUCUGAUGCAAUACUGUUCACUCGGUUCAAUCGUAGGUACCCGGCCUGUGAGAAUGAAUGAUGAAGGCAAUCACUGUCUGCUUCACCGUGAGUGUGAAAAUCAGUGGAAGAGCUAUGGUUAUUUAUUUUGAUACAUCUCACUGAAUGCAAUAUGGAGCAAAAGUUGGUUUGUGUUUGAACCAGGGAGCAGCGUCGGCCUCCCUGUCUGUGAUUAUUGCACUCGACCGUGGAAAUUUAUUUCCAUAAAUGACUGUUAUAAAUAAACUGCUAUG